ACAUUCUUGCAAGCUCCUUUCCAGUUGGUAAAGAUAGAUUUUAUUACACACUCCCACCCUCUUCAGUUACUUCUUUCAUUUAUAUACCUUAACUUGUACAUUUUGUUAUUAUAGAUCUAUAUAUAUAUAUAUAGCUUGCUGGAUCUUUAUAUAUAUAUCUGUAGAAGAAAUGGGUGGUAAGGUAGAUCAAGAUUAUGAUUAUUUGUUAAAGAUUGUGUUGAUUGGAGAUUCAGGUGUUGGGAAAUCCAACAUUUUGUCAAGGUUUACUAGAAAUGAGUUUUAUUUGGAAUCUAAAGCCACCAUUGGUGUUGAAUUUGCUACUAGAACUCUUCAGGUUGAGGGAAAAACAAUAAAGGCUCAAAUUUGGGACACUGCAGGGCAGGAAAGGUACAGGGCAAUUACCAGUGCUUAUUAUCGAGGUGCAGUUGGAGCGCUACUAGUGUAUGACAUAACCAAGAAGCCAACUUUUGAUAGUGUUCAGAGGUGGCUGCAUGAGUUGAGAGCCAAUGCCGACUCCAACAUUGUGGUCCUGAUGGCAGGAAACAAGUCCGAUCUGAACCAUCUCAGAGCUGUGGCUGAGCAAGAUGGUCAAUCUUUGGCUGAAAAAGAAGGGCUUUCAUUUCUUGAAACAUCAGCACUUGAGGCAGUGAAUAUCGAAAAAGCAUUUCAAACUAUUUUGACUGAGAUUUAUCACAUAAUUAGCAAGAAAGCAUUGGCAGCCCAAGAUGUAGCAUUGCCUGGGAAGGGAACUACCAUUUAUAUUGGUGAUUCAUCUGGGAACACAAACGGUUGCUGUUCAUCUUGAGUUCAAGAUUCGGUAACAAUCACAUAUUUUAAUUUAGGCCUUGUUCGUCAUGAUCGUUUGUUUUUUUUUUUGUUCUUUUUACUAAGAAAAAUAGAAUAUUGUGUUACAUAAAUGAUACAGUGUGGAAGUUUGAAGAAAGGAAGCGUCAACCUUUUAAAAUUUCA